AUGCUAACUGAUGGUCUUCUCUCAAAAGUUGGUCACAAUGUACCAUGGAUCGCGUUUGUUAAGGACCUGACCCUGAAUGAUCCAGAUCUGUACGGGAUUGAACAAGCGGGCGUUCUUGGCAUUGGUACAGCUCGCGCAAUGGCAGAGCUCUUCGAAAAGCUACGACUCGGAGAAUUGAUGAGUGCAGAAACGUUCAAGAAGUUCACAAGUGAUUACGUCUUGAAAAGGGAUAUCGUGACUGGAGCGUAUGUUCCACGGGGACAAGGCUUGAUGAUCAAGCAUUUCCAUCACAAAAAUGGGACAUUUGAGAUGCUGGGCCAUUCUGGAUAUGGUGGCCAAAAUGUACGGACGGAUUUGAAGAACAACUUGACCUUUGCCUACAUGAGCAAUGCGCUCAAGGUCGGUUUCGGUGACACUGCGAGAACGUACAUCCGAUUGCUUCAUGCCAUGUAUGAUGUGGUGACAACUCCACAUAUCUGA